AUGCAGCAGCAAACAGCAGACGAUAAGAGAGAGAAGGAAGGUGGAUUUAACAGCAAGAGAGAGAGGAAGUGGUGGUUGUUGAGAGAAAACGAAGAAGAAAGAAAGAAACAAAAAAGGCGUCGUUUGAAGAGUAGCGGAGCAGAAACCGCUAAGCAACAGCAACAACAACAACACUAUCAGUUCCCCGCCUCCAACCUAAUAUUUGGAAAAUGGGUUGAGGCCUUUGGGACGCUCGGUGUGCCAAUGAACGAUCGAUGUAACAUGAACCAAUUCACAUUAUCUAUUCCUGUAGUUGAUGGUCACACAUAUGCGCACAUUGAGAACGGCAUGAGAAAACGUUUCUUCAAUCUCAACCCCACCGGCGAACUAACCAACGAGACGUUCCACCAACUUUCGCUGCCGCGGUGCGGCGUCCCGGACGUGAACUUCGAGUUCUCCGCCGUGGGGAAUGUGUCGUGGCCCAAGGCCGGGCGGCAGUGGUUCUCCGGGAUGAGGCUCACGUACGGGUUCUUCCCGACGAGAAGGAUUCCGGGGAACGCGACUGAGGUGUUCAGGAGGGCGUUCGUGCGGUGGGGUAGGGCUGUUCCGGGGUUGAAUCUGACGGAGGGGAGUUAUGAUGAGGCUGAUAUUAGGGUGGGGUUUUACGAUUUUGACGAGGGCGUUGGAUUUGGAGAGUGUGGCGAUGCAUCAGAUAGGGCAUUUGUUAGGGCUUGA